CGGAGCUUCCGGCGAACUUCGUCUUAAAUCGGUGUCUGAAACUUCGUCAUCCUUUCACUCUUCUCCAAGCCAGUGCUGUCGCUUGGAUUUUCCCUCUCUUUGAUGUCAGUUAUCCUUUCAUACAGUCGGGACUUUGUCGCUGUUGUCCGACCUUUGUCUCGAUUGUGAUUGGGUCAUAUUACCAAUCGCAACCAGAAUGACCGCCGUGCGGAGCAAUGCAGCUGAUACGAACGCAGCCAGGUUGGCCGAUCAUGCCGCCACUGCUGCUUUGUAUGCGACCGAUCCUGAGCGAAGACGAGCGGCUGAUGAGGCGCUGGAAGCAGAGCAGCGCAACGAAGCCGCGACCCUCCCCCCCGGUCUAACUCUUGCCAACGCGAGCGCCGCAGCGAGUCUUGCCCAUGCCAGGCAGAAAACGUCGGAUCCUUGGAGGCCCGAAAGGCAACCGCACGCCGAAAGAGCUGCUUUUCUCGCGAGAGGUUACCAAGCGCCAGAACCACCGUCGACCACGAAAAUAAACCCCGAUGUCUACAAAGCAGCUCUUCUAGCCGCGAAGGAGCGUGUGAACCUGAAGUCUCCUCCCCCGGCAACUACCGAGUCACCGCAUCCCGGUCAAUCGGCCGCUAGUCAUAUCAUGGCAAAUGGGUCGCGCGGUGUACAGGAGACAACGGUGGUGACGAUAAACCCCGGCGCAUUAAAUGCGGCCAGUGGCGCUGUGUUGAACCGGCGACGCACGGAGUCUGCGCCUACCCGGCCAGUGUUCCAUCCUGAUGCCGCGUAUGCGCUGACUGCUGCAACUAUAUCGCACCGAGCGAGUCGAGUACCGGAAGAUGUGCUUAGUGACCUGGAUCCUGCCCUGGAAGCUGCUCGGAUACAUCACAUUGCGAGGUCGAAUGUCCAACUGUACACAUCUACUCCACCCGUGGAAAUCGAAGUGGAAGAGCAAAAACAUCGGGAUACUCUCAGAGCCGCCGCAAUUUCGAUGGCAAAAGAUAUGUACGCCUCUGCUGCCGCAACGAAGGGGGAACGAGAUGUAGCGGAAACUGCAGGCUCUGUUGCCCAUUUGCGGCAUUCUCGUCGUCUUUCUCAGUCGCAGUUGUCUUGGAUAUCUGGGGAUGAGCAGAAUGUUACUCGACGGCCAACAAAUCUCCAUGAAGCAGCUCAGAAAAUCGCAAAUGAAAAACUCUCCAAGAUGCAACAGAAUGAUCUGGUUAACAAACAGCAAUACUAUGGAAUUCCAAACCAUCGAUCCCGAAACACACUUACCCGUCGCUUGAGAAGAAGAACGUCAAGUGAUGGGGAUGCAUCUAAAAUUGAUUGGGAAAGGUCAGAAGAGAUCAGGAAUCAAAUGUCGUCCUUGCAGAGUCGCUUACAAACCAUUGAUAAUAAAAAGAGCAAGGACAGGUCUGAUCUAAUGGAAAUUGCUCGCAAGAAUGUAAAUGCCAGAAUACAUGAUAUGGAUGAGAGAGUCUACGCUCGUACUGGUAAACCGUCGCCGAACAUGCAACGCGAAUGGGAGGAAAAGGCGCAGGUCCGCGCGAAAGCAGAGAGUGAUGCACGAAUGACCAACUUUGGACGCAUUUCCGUCGGUGGUCAGAAAUACAUGGAUGAAUCAGAGAUCGAGGCUAUUGCGCGAGCUCGCAUUGAGCCGACAUUGAACGAAAUAUCGGACCGCGUCGAGGAGAAACGAGCCAAGGAAGUUGAACAACGACUAGACCAGGAGCGGUCACAGCAUUUAGCCGAACUCGAUCAACAGAGGAGGGCAGAGAUUCAGACCGAAGAGAAGCAAAAGAAUGCGUUUGAUAAAGAUAAGCAGCGUUUGGAAAGGAAGCAUUCAAGGAGAGGAAGCAUGAAACUGCUGGCCCGCACAUCAAGAAUUUUCCUGGGUAGGAAGGCGCCGGAAGAGGAAGACGAGAAGAAAGGUGCAGAUGGUGUUCCGCAGGAGUCUGAACAGAGUCCCACUACUGCCUCUGAUCGACCCGAACGUAUUGACGAAAUUGAGACAGCUCCACCAGCUGAGCCAGAACGCCCAGAGACACCUGUCGCGGAUACUACACAACCGCCACAUGAUAGAGAGGAUACCGCUCCUACAGUCACCGGUGUGGCUGAGACCCCUGCUCAGAAAGACACUGCGGCCAAUGCCCAGGGAGACUCACCAAAGUCAGAGUCCAAAUUGAAAUCCUGGUUUAAGGCUAAAGUCAGGCGUACUAGCAAGCCGCAACUUGUAGAGAAGAAGGCCGAAAGCGAAAGUCGGGACACGGAUACCGGAAACGCUCCCGCUGUCGCUUCCAGUGCGGCAGCUGAUAGUCAAAGAGCAGCUCCUCUUUCUUCUAACCCAGUAACCGACAGAGAUAUCGCUUCAACAACCUCGAAUGCGUCCCCUGACGACCAAGACGCUAUACGGCAAUGGAGCACAUCCACAGCUGCAUCAGCAGCGGUAGGAGAAAACCGACCGGAAGCCGAUGGCAAGCGAAAGGGGAUACGGAUGAGCCUGAAGGACAUGAUCUCCAGGAAGACGCCGUCCGAGACAGGCUCCACCACAGUAUCACCCUUGGCAUCACCAACAACCCCAACGGCAUCGGGAAACCUAGGCACAGUGGCCAUGUCACGUCCAUCAGCGUCUCGCUUGAACACCGUAGAGCGAGGUGAACUACGCGACAGCUUCACAGAGGGGUCGCUGCCUCCUCCACCAACUCUGUUCUCGAGUCCUGGACGACGAAGCGUCAGUUCGUCCGCGAGAGACUCGCGAUUUUCUGAGGAUAUUUAGUAUUUCUUUUCAUAUGUGUCACGUCAAUUCAAUGAGUUCGGAUAGUACUGCUGAUGUAUCUCUUUUCUUUUGUCCAUGCCACUAAUACCUUUGUUAUAUAUCACGAUCUGUUUGCGUACAUAUGAAGUUUCCACUUGGCUUGUUAUUCGUUGUCUAAAUAUGUUAAAUUAUGUCCAAAUAUGCUCGGUGAAUAGAUUAUAAUCCAAGAUUGACGUCAAUUAUAUAUUUAGUCUAUAGUUAUAGCUCACUCGGCCAAUUCUAAAUUUGGCAGGGCUCUGCUGACUAAGGCCGGAACGAGAAGCAGUUAGCAAUAUCGGAC